CAACCAGUGUUGAAUCUAGUGGGUGUCUAUCCAGAGGAGGAAUAGGUUCUGCCAGUAGCCAAGGAAACUAGCACAUUUUCUGCAAUCGAGCCCCCAAAAUCGAAUAUUUUUGACAGUUUUGCCGUUGGAUCCAUACUAUUGCCAGGGGUCUGGAUUAAACUGAAACCACUUUUUGUGUUUUUCUUUUAAUUUCCUUUGGAAAAACUCCGAAAACGAUGGGUUCCCAAGCGUCCAAGGGAGGGGUAGCGGUGGAGGCGAAUGCUGCUGCCGCUGAUCCCGUCAAAACUAACGGACAGGAGAACGGUCACGUCAAAUCCAACGGUGAUGUCUCUGCCACGGACACAGCUGCCACUAAUGGUUCCGCCGAUGCCGCCAAGGAGCCAGAUGCGGGUGCUGGAGGGGACGCUAUUGAGCCCGCGCCUGCUGCCGACGGGGACGCUGCCAAAGCCGAAGGCGAGUCCGCUGCCAAGGACACCCCCAAGAAGAAGAAGAAGUUCUCCCUGAAGAAAUCCUUCAACUUCAAAGGCCUGAAGCUGAAGAAGACCAAGAAGGAGAAGGAGGUGAAGGAGGAGGCGGCAGCCACUCCAGUCGAGGAGAAGCCAGCGGAAAACGGCGCCGCUGCGGAGGAGAAGAAAGAGGAGCAGGUUAAGGAGGAGGCUGCGGCGGCAGCUCCUGCCCCGGAAACCCCUAAGGCAGAGGAGGCGCCGGCCAAAGCAGAAGAGGUGAAGGAGGCUCCUAAGGAGGAAGUGAAGGAGGUGGCUGCUGCUGCCCCAGAGCCCACAAAACCCACAGAGGAGACCAGCUCGACCCCCGCAGCUCCCUCCGAACAGAAAGUGGAGUGAUUGCAUCUUUACCCACAACAAAGGACUGGGAGAACUGUUUUUCAAGAGCGAAAGAGAGAGAGAGAGAGAAAAAAAUAGAUAUAUAUAUAUAUUUAUAUAUAUGUGUAUAUGUAUACAUAUGUAUGGAUAUAUGUAUAUGUAAAUAUAUACACAUGUAUGUGAGAGACUCCUUAACGCCACCUUCGUCAUGGUAACAAGAUGACAGACUAGAUUCACUAGUUCACCUCCCUGGUUACGGCGAGAUAUCGGGAACCUGGUAGUAUUAUGUGCUGGUUGCUAUGGGAGAAUGGAUUUAUCAGAUUACAGAGAGGACACAGUUAUGGAUGGGAGUCGAGUUGACCUGUCUUUACUCUAAACACCGUCUCAAAAAGAUGCAUCAACGGCGACCAGUUGGAGACUGAUGGGAUGAAACACCAAUCAACCACCACAUGAAAUGACUGUUAAAAAAUUAAAAAAAUUAAAUCGGAAGUUAAAAAAGAGAGACAUGCCAACUUUCUACAUUCCUAUAUUUUAACCCAAAUCUGAAGUAUUUUGUGGUGUACAAUAGAGAACCAUUUUAAAGAUUCAGAGAAGCUAUGUCUUGUUUGUUUAAAGAAAAAGAAAAGCAAUUUUUAAUUUUUACCUUGGCUAUAAAAAAAGAACACUUGAGCUUGCUAUGUUCACUGUUGCGGUUUUAAAACGAAGCAGAGUUGUUGAUCUAUCUGUCGUGUGUAAGCCUGAAUCUGCUGUUUGGUCUCUGUAAAUACAUUGGAUUGAUUCUGUUCCUUAUUUUGCUAAUGUUGACAGAUGUUAUGGUUUUAUUGUAAAGUUGAUAAUGAUAAAUAAAUGUUGGUUACCAAUACCU